CAAGUUGUGAACACCUCUCCACAACGACAACGUUUCGAGCUCACUACCACGCGCUUCUCUUCUCAACAAGUGUCCCUCACGCUGCUGUUCUUCCAAAAUGUCCGCGACACAGAAAAUCGCAGUCCACUCCCUGCCCGAUCUCAAGAACACGACCGAUGACGCUCUCCCCAACUACCUCCACUCCCUCAAGUUCAAGCAAAUCCACACACAAACCGACGUCCGCCUAGCUCUGGGCUACAGCGCCGUCAUCAUUGCAGGCGCACUCUUCUACUUCGACUGGAAAUUUGGCUGGGAGGCCUCGAAGCCCUACACCGCACCUGCAGUCGCCGCCUACUUCCUACUCAAUGGCGCAUUCACGUACUGGCUGUGGUUUGCCGAAGGGGGUGUUGUGUACGAGGGCGAGGGCAAGACAGGCAAGGUGAGGAUCUCUUCGUCAACAAAAAAACACAUCCCCAUCUACGAAUGCGACGUAGUCUUCACACCCGCCCCAUAUUCCUCGAAUCCCCAGCAGAAAAUCCACAUCCGCGCACCCUUGACGCGUUGGUUCACCUCGGACGGCUACUUCAUUGCGAAGCCAUUCCAGCAGUGGCUUGCGAGCGAAGUCCCGGUCAUUGGCGAGGCGGAUCCGAAUAACGUGGUGGAGGAAAUUGGGAGGGGGAGCGCCGCGGACCAGACGUUUGAUAUCAACAAUGCCACAAAUGCAAUGGAGAUUUUGGAGCAAUUAAAGGCUAGCGGGGCAGCUACUACUGCGGGGGGUGGUCGUAGGAGGAAGGCUUAAAGGGUGUAGUAGGAUGAGAUUAUUGGAAGAGCGCGAAAAGGAAAAAUGGGAAGAUGGCGUUCGGAGUUGAGGAAGAACAACAUGUUAAUGUCCUGAUUGACAUCUCCUACACUGUGAGCGAACGUGUUUGCAAAGCAAGAGCAAAUAGCAUAGAGAGUCUUGCCGUGCAACACUUCUCGACUAGGGCAGGGCGUUGCGAUUGCACAACAAGGCGAUGAGCAGCAGACAACAAUUUCUUCAAGGGACAUUGAUGGAUUGCUCUUGAGGGAGCGAUGCUAUAUCAGGCGAUGAAAAAUGCUAUAACAACGCCUUUCGGAUGCUGAAUAGAGAACCCAGUUUACCAACUUUUUUGCCAUGUUUUCGCACCCAGCUUAUCC